AGCGUUCGCACCAGCUAGGCAGCGGCCGGGCAGCAGCGGCGGCGGCGUCGGCGUCGGCGGGGGCCAGGACGGGAGCGGGAAGGGCCGGCCAGGGAAGGCUGCUCUCCCCUUGCGGCCGACGAGCCAGCCUGACAGCGCGUUCCGGGUGUGGAGCCCCAACUCUGCCCUGCCCCGGAUUUCAUCCCGCAGCGGGGGGCUCGGCGAGCGGAAUUCCGGCGGCUGCCGCGACUCCGGUGCAAGGCGAGGACAGCAUGAACAUCCAUAAAUGUGCCUCUGGGCAUAUUUAGCCAUUCGUUUUUGAUUAGGAAAAAGAAGACAGCCAUCCACUUGAAAGAACACACCUUGGGGAUGAGAGUUGGAUUACAUGGAAUGUUGCCCAGUGAAAGUCCGGCGGGUGCCAAAGAAAUGCUCUGUGGAGUGACUGCCUGAUCCCAAGAUUACGUUCCUGCUCGCCUCACGGGCAAAGCUGCAGUGACCGAAGGAGUUGUGGAUUUUCUGAAUUUCAAGAACAGUGAAGUAGGAGAUAGCAGAGAGUGUAUAAAAGAACACAUUGGAAGGAAGACUGAUAAAGAGAAAUAACGGGAUUCAGGUACACCAUUGAGUUCUUUGGGAUGCACAAAAGUGUCUGGCUGAGAAGCUUAUGAAAUAGAAGACAAGACCCUGCCUCAGGAAGCGUACAUGAGAAUAAUUUUAAAGGAACCCAGCGAUAAAUGCAAAACAGUAGCUGUUGGAGGUGAUGGAAAUGUACAGAAACAGUGGGAGAAGCCGGUAACUUAUAGGAAGCCAAGAUGACAAGAAUUUUAAAAAAUAAUCAAAGGAAGAAUCUUGUUCAAAAAUGAGGUGAAUUAAUGCUCAAGCACUCAAGAACCCCGGACAGCUACAUGAAGUGUUUAAAAACUGCCCUGACCAUCUCGCCACACAAGUCUGUCAUGAGGCCUGACAGGAUGAGUGCACCACGGAGGCACAGUGUCCUGCCCUGCAGGAACGGUGACUGCUGACCUGCCGGGAGCAAGCGGGGGGCCGCGUGUUGUCUGCCAGUACAAUGAAGGAAGUGGUUUAUUGGUCACCCAAGAAGGUGGCAGACUGGCUGCAGGAGAAUGCUAUGCCAGAAUACUGUGAGCCUCUGGAACAUUUCACAGGCCGCGACUUGAUCAACCUAACCCAGGAGGAUUUCACAAAACCCCCCCUGUGCCGAGUCUCCUCCGACAAUGGGCAGCGGCUCUUGCACAUGAUAGAGACCCUGAAGAUGGAGCACCACUUGGAAGCACACAAGAAUGGCCACGCCAAUGGGCACCUCUGCAUUGGCACAGACGUCCUCGCCCCUGAUGGCAGCUUCAGCAUCAAGGUCAAACCCAAGGGGAUGCCAAAUGGGUAUAGGAAGGAGAUGAUAAAGAUCCCCAUGCCAGAGCCAGAGCGCUCCCAGUACCCCAUGGAGUGGGGCAAGACUUUCCUGGCCUUUCUUUAUGCACUUUCCUGCUUUGUUCUCACCACAGUGAUGAUCUCGGUCGUCCAUGAACGAGUACCUCCUAAGGAGGUGCAGCCUCCACUACCGGACACGUUUUUUGACCAUUUUAACCGGGUGCAGUGGGCCUUUUCUAUUUGUGAAAUUAAUGGCAUGAUCCUUGUAGGACUCUGGUUAAUUCAGUGGCUGCUCUUAAAAUACAAGUCUAUUAUUAGCAGAAGAUUUUUCUGCAUAGUUGGCACGCUGUACCUGUAUCGGUGUAUUACAAUGUAUGUAACUACACUCCCAGUACCCGGUAUGCAUUUCAACUGCUCUCCGAAGCUCUUCGGAGACUGGGAAGCCCAACUGAGGAGAAUAAUGAAGCUCAUUGCUGGUGGCGGCCUGUCCAUCACGGGCUCCCACAACAUGUGUGGGGACUACCUGUACAGCGGCCACACGGUCAUGCUCACACUCACCUACCUAUUUAUCAAAGAGUAUUCCCCUCGACGACUGUGGUGGUACCACUGGAUCUGCUGGCUUCUCAGCGUGGUUGGAAUCUUCUGUAUUCUCUUGGCGCAUGACCACUACACUGUGGAUGUGGUGGUGGCAUAUUACAUCACCACAAGACUCUUCUGGUGGUACCACACUAUGGCCAAUCAGCAAGUGCUAAAAGAAGCUUCCCAGAUGAACCUCCUGGCCAGAGUGUGGUGGUACAGGCCAUUUCAGUACUUUGAAAGGAAUGUCCAAGGAAUUGUACCUCGAUCUUACCAUUGGCCCUUCCCCUGGCCAGUAAUCCACCUCGGUAGGCAAGUUAAAUACAGCCGGUUGGUGAGUGACACAUAACAGCUGUACACGGUGGGGAAAGAGGAGCUGUCCGAAGUGCUAAGAACUCCAUGAGAAAAGAUGCCAUAAAAUGAACACCUCCCUUAUCCUGUUAUCUUUCAACAGUUACCGUGACUUAACCGAUUGAGUUACCUGGUCAGCACUGUGAUCUUUUUUUUCUCUCCAAAGGACCCGCGUUGGACAACAAUAAAGAAAAUUUAACCUGUCGUGCACUGUACACAUUUCCUGUUCAUAGGCUUGGGAUUCACAUAACCUUGCAACCACCGUGUUCCUUUGUAUAUGAUGCAACAGCAUAAAUGUAAGCUUUUAUAUCAUAAGUUCUGGUCUUUCCAGUCACACCUGGAAAUAAAGCGUAUUAUUUUCUUGGGAAAACAUACUUUUCAUAUCUCUUGCCCCAAAGAUUGGGCUGUAAGCCAUUUUCUAGCAAACGUCUCUAUGAAGGUUUCUAAGUACCUGAAUGGGGUUCGAUUCUGAAAUCUUUCUACCUGUUGCACCGAUAUUCAAAUAAAAAUGACAGACACAGAAAGGUUUGGUAACUUUGGAUUUUGUAAAAAUCAGAGACAGUGUGUCAAAAAGUACAAAAAAAAAAAAAGAUUCUGUUAUAAAGUGAUUUUCUAAGUAUUUCCUAACUUUAUUUUUCAAAAUGAUGUUAUGAAAACCAAAUUUAAAGAUUUUUACAUGUCAGAGAAAAGAGAGUUAAGAUUUAAAAAUGUUUCUUGGGAGAGAAAUUUGUCUAUGUUUCUAGUGCCUUUCUUGUCUUGAUUGUAUGGUCAGUAGGCAAUCUUCAAUGUUUUUAUUUAAAAUAAAGUAUUCCAUGAAAAUAUAAAUGUAUGUAUUACUACUAAAUUUUGCAUUAUAGCUAAAUUAAAUCAGAAGACUGCUUAUGGUUUUUAAAUUGCUAUGAAUUAAAGAAUGGGAGAGUUAAUUAGAAAGUCAGAGCCUGUUCCCAUAUUGUGAGCAGGUGGCAAUGACAGGUACCACUUCAAUUAUUUUAUCAUCUAUUUGGUAGUUUGAUUUUAACUAUACAAUGAAAACAGCCAUGAAUACUUUGUUUUUAAAAAGAGAGUUUUGAAAAUGAUCACUUAACUAAAAAUUGAAAGCUAUAAAUUAGUUAUCCAUACUCUCAUGGCAAUUUUGUUGGUAAACAACAAAGAAGAGAUCUAUUUCUUUAAAAUAUAUUUGUGCAGGAACUGCAUGUAACUCUUAAGUUUUACUCCUAACAUGAGUAUGUUUGGGGAAGUAUUCUAUUCUAUACUUGCCAAUGUGGAGAACAAAAUAGUUUUUUAAGAAUGAAGAAGUAUAUAUAUCCAUUCUGUAUUUUAUGUGCAGCAGAAUUAUCUUCCGUAGGGUUUUUUUUGUGUAUUCACAAGGUAAUAUUUGUAUUGUAAAACAAUAAUGGUGAAGGAAAUAAAAAGGCUUUUAAAAUUUUGUUUGUUUUAAAUCUUUGUAAAGUUAUUAUUCCAGAGAGUAUACUGAUACCUUAUUAACAGCUUACCUAGAUCAUAAAAUAAUCAAAAUGCACUUUUUAAUAAAAACUGAUACUUAAAAUAAA